AUGCGACGUGAAAAUCGCGGCGGAAUGGAAUUUUGCUGCUGCUACCUCCCCCUCGUCAAUGCGGGUGCCUAUCUGUUGGUGCUCGAGACAGCACUCGUAGCGCUUGCCGUCGGUAUCUGCGCGCUUGUGCCACCUGCCAUUGUUGCCGGCGACGGCUUCAUCCCCUCGUGGUCGAAAGGCCUGGUUGCAGCUCUCGGCUUCAUCACGCUCGUCUGGCAGGUCCUCGGCCUGGUCGCCGUAGCACGCCAGAUGCCCACGCUCUACCGCACCUACCUCCGAGUCAACUUUGUGCUCACGCUCGCUAUCAUCAUCGCCACCGUGGCAUUCCUCGUGGUGGGGGCUGCACAGCACGACAAGGUGGUGCGCAAUUGCGUCUCGACGUACGGCGUCAUCCCUCCCAACUCGGACUCUUCGUCGACGAUCUCGCUCCAGAGCCUGGGACAGUCUGCAGACGCCUUCUCCGAAUCCGGUAAGAGCAUCUGCAACAUCUUUGUGUGGGCGCAGACUGGCUUCAUGGCGGGGCUGAUUGUGCUGAUGGGUCUGACGCAGUUCUACAUGCUCGCUGCGCAGCGGGCGUACGGCGGCGAACAGAGGAAGGCUUUCAGGGACAGCAAGGUGAGCUACCAGGAUAUCCCCAUGAACCCGAGGGACUCGGGGGUAUGGGAGCCAAGGGCGAACGACCCGUAUGCUGGUCAGCAGCGGUACAGCGGCAGGGGUCGCGGAUACGGCGGCGAUGGUGCGUACGAGUCCUAUGCUGGCACUCCGGAUGGCAAGUAUGCUCACACGCCGUACUAA